AUGAAUGACAUCGGCACAUCGCCGCCCACAGACCAGCUCACCACAGAAAUGGUCGGCGUGGAAGAUAUCAGCAUACCUCAGUCCUCAGAAAAAGUCGCUUCAAAGCACAUCUGCAUGAAGGAUAUCGGCACGCAGCUGGUCAACAUCGACUCGAUACAGCAAAUCGUCAAGAAGCAGGUGUCAGAGUUGAAGGACAUUGGCAUUGUGUCUUCAUUCCAAGAGCUCGAGUCGCUACUUCCAAAGCUUGAGGGCCUCCAGUCCAGUCUGCGCAAGACCUUCGAUACCCAGGCUCGACCUCUGAUCCGAGAUUUUCACAUUUUAGACCUGCCUAAUGAGCUUCUAAGGAGAAUCUUUCGAUUCGUGGAAGAUAGUUUCUUGGAAGAUGGAAAUCUUGGCCUCUAUUCCAGGUCCGACUACAAGAGUAUCCAGAGUAGUCGCAUGGUGUGUCAUCGAUUCUGUGAAGCCAGUUCCCACCUCUUAUUGCACUGGCUGGACGUUUCAAUGACAACCUCAUCGCUGGUGCAUCUCGAUGAGGUAUCGCGCCACCCUCUUAUUUCCAAAGGCGUACAGACGCUGAAAGUUUCUGUCGGCCUUUAUAACUCAUCCAUGGCCAGCGACUUUCGAGAAUUUGCCGUUGCGGGUUCGGCAAUCAUGCGCAACAAUCUUUACUUGUGGGAGGCGAUGCUUUCAGUGUCGAACUUGCCUGAAUACCAAUACCAGGGAGAAUUUCAGAUACAAAUGCCCAGGGAUACUUCGGAUUUCGCUCGCUUUCCAGUUGAAGAGGCCGCAAUUCGGUCGAUGCUUAUUCUUCCAAAGAAGGUCGCAGAGUGUUCCCAAGCCCUGCAGUCGUGGACCAAAAUCAUACGAGCGGAAUCAUCCGAAUCGGACGAGGACAAAUACAUUGCCGCACUACACCGGGCCUACGAAAAACACCAGCAGCUUGUCAGUGACCAACAAGCGGCUCUGCGAGGCAACACCUUCGUUCGAUGCAUCUCUGAAGCGGUAGCUAGAAUGCCGACAUUGUUCGAACUGGUCAUUGAAGACGACAGAUUGUCAAGUGCCAGUCAUUUAAGUCGAGACUUGGAUCCGUUCGACGAGCUUGUCCAAGGUGAACUUCUCAAGACUUUGACCUGGUCAGAAGCAAGUAUUCGGCGUUUGGUGCAGCCACCUGUUCAUUCCCUAUACCAGCUGCCAGCCGCAGUCGGUCGAGCGGGAACAUUCCUGACCAAGUUGCGCAUCAGCUUCACCCCUACGAACGACCUCAGAUUGAACCUUGGGAGGCAGGAGAUGAUAGACAUGGCCAAGGCAGCCGAACACCUGGAGAAGUUGGAAAUGGGUUGUGGAUUGACUGUGGUAGCCACCCAGCCCAACCGCCCACCAGGAGAAUGGACGAGUUUCUUCAAAUUCGCGCGCGUAUUUUUGAAAGCACCCAACCUUCGGUCUGUGAGCCUUGACCUCGGCGGUGUGCUCCCCCCUGGACAGGCUGAAGAGCCGAAUCGCACGAGGGUUGGAAUGCUGCUUUCUUUGCUGCCAUGGACGAAACUCCGGCUAAUGACGCUUUCUCACUUUCCAAUUCACUACGAUGAGCUGGUGACCUGUCUCGAGAAGCUGGAACCUGGAGCGUAUAUUCAUCUGCGGCACAUUGAACUGCUAAGCGGCACAUGGGCUGACCUUCUCGACGUGAUCCGUGUGAAAGCCGAUCCCGCCUCGGAUGUGACAAGCCCGCGAGGCGGUGAGGAUGAAGAAUGGGAUUCGGACUGGUGGGAUGAAAUUUUCGACGGAGACUCAAGACUUGUUGCUCAGUAUAUCAGAGGCUUCUCCUCUGACAACCCUUUACGGCCCUCUCAACCUCCCAAUCAAGACGACACAGACCAAGAGGACAUGAACCAAGAUUUCGUCCAGGUAGACAUUAUUUCCGAAGACCUGGAUUGA